AUGUCUUAUGGCCGGCAAAAGGUCUUGGUAGAGUUCUCGUCGCCCAACAUAGUCAAGGAAUUCCACGCCGGUCACCUGCUCAGCACCAUUAUCGGCGCAUACAUCUCCAACCUCUACGAAACCAUGGGCUGGGACGUCGUCAAGAUCAACUACCUGGGCGACUGGGGGAAGCAGUUUGGCCUGCUUGCCGUGGGGGUGGGGCGCUUCGGCUCCGAGGAGGAGCUGACCCUCGAACCCCUGAAGCACCUGCUUGACGUAUACGCUGCGCAUCAACGCGCUGUUCAAGCCCGAGCAGCACGCCAGCAAAAGGGCCCGGGACGAGGGCAGGAACGACUUCUUCCGGCGCCUGGAGGACGGCGAGCCAGAGGCCCCUGGCGCUGUGGCGUCGUUUUAGGGAUAUCAGCAUCGAGAGCUUUGAUGAGUACUCGGGCGAGUCGCAGCGCUGGGACGUCCUCCAGCCUCGUCGCCAUGUACCCGGACGUCACGGCCACGGCCACGGCGAUGCGUACCUGUCGUCUUGCUACGAUCUGCUUCAGGUCGUUGGGGGCUGAGCAGGCAGAGGGGCGUGAGGUCGUGCUUGCCCACGCCGCUCUUUACGAGGGCGCGAGGCGGGUUUUGGGCAAUGCCAUGGCGUUGUUUGGAUUCACACCUGUUGAUAGGAUUGAUUGUGAGUCUUGA